AUGCGCGCCUGUCGUCAAAAGCGGCACACCACUGUCGAUAUGCUGAAUGGAGCUGCCACCACAUCAGUCAAUCUUACUCCAGCCUCAAAUGUGGCUCACCACAUCACCGAUAUUCAUGCCAUACUCAACAACAACUCGGGCAAUGAGAUUCAUCAGCCACAUUUUGGCGAUGAUAGGGGCAAACCUUUUAUCUCUCCCUCUACUGCAACUCUCACGUCGGGCAGUUCUGGUUCUCCAAUCACUGUUCUCCUCACUAAUGAACGAGAUGAAGACGAAGACGUCACCAGCCGAAUAAGUGGCAAUAAUGGUAGAAGAGAAAACACUCCAAUACCUUCAGCUGUACGCAACCGUCCUGGAUUCUCCCUGUCCUACCCACUGUCCAGAAUGUCCCAACCCAGUCGCGUGGUUCAACCGCCUAAACAGGAUACUCCGCCGAUCCAUCUCUUGAAGAGUUUUAAAACUACCUUGUGGAUUGACAGGGUGCUUCUCCUGUUAGGUGUAUUUUUACCCCUAACUUUAGGCAUCUGUUUUUUCCUUGUCCACUCCUUCACAGAAUUUGCUAGUUGUCGACCGGUCAAGUUGAUUGUUGGCUCUUCCAGUAGAUUCGUUAAUCAGGUGUGCCGAACGAAGCUAAUCCAGGUAAUUCUUCAGGGUGCAAAGGAUGCGGAUAAUGAUGAGCGCAUUGUAGGAAGCCUUCAGCAUGAGUGUUUUCCAAUAAUUUUGAUCCUCAUUGCAUUGCUGAACUGGAUGCCACAUCUAUGUUGGAAUAUGGUGAUUCGACACUCCAUCUAUCGAGAUGCCUCGCUAGUGGCUUCUGAACUUAGAAGCUUUAGAAAAACUGCUCAGCGCGAACUAAUCUCCAUUGCGUCGAGUAUCAACACCGCCCCGAUUAGUUCCAACUUCAUGCCGAUGAUCCAAGAAAUCAGAUUCAAGAAUUCUACCCGUCCACUGUCUACCCAGCCUCGAAGUAGCGAGGAGACAACGCUUUUAGAACCAGCGCAGAACUUCCAGACUCCGAAGAUGGAUAAUACAAUCUCCCCUGUUGACACUGGCUAUGAAUCAGAUAUGGAUCUGCCUUCUGCUGCAGUAAUGCAUUUACCAAGACUGCGAGUCAGUCGGGAUGACCAUGCACUUAACAUAUUCCUCUCUGGUUGGCAGAACACUGAUUUUUACAUUCGCCGAUUCAUUGCAAAACACACAGUCCUCGCCCUGUUUAACGCAAUCACAUUCUCUCUGGUUUUGGGUUUCUCAGUGGUCACCUACGGGGAACCUUUUUCGGGAAGUUUCUACUGUCGUCCAACAGAAAAAUCCACCACUCUUUACAUCUGCCUAGCUUCAACAACGUUCGCCCUCAACAUGACGGCUUUCUGCCUUGGUGCCUUGGGGCUUGCUGGCUUAAUCUGUUCCGGCGUUUUCUUUUAUCAAAAUUUCUCACAUAAUCAUGUCUACAGUGAGUCUACACUUGCCUGCGGCACGAAUUUUGGUCUUGAAGCUGAGCUCGCUACAAACUUGGUCAGUCGACGUCAAGAAAACUUCUUCUCCGAUUACGUUCGUCUACUAGCACUUGCCCGAAUGCAGCAACGAGGUUCACUAUUCGUUGCAAGAAGAGAAGUCUUCAACCUCCGGCUCUCCUACCUUUUAGGGCUCGCACGAACAGAUUUUCACUUUAUAAAUCUUCUUUGCAAGGAGAACAGUCGGCAUCUUCCUGAUGCGAUACAACUACGAAUCUGGCUUCUGCGCUACGUUUUUCUAUGUCGACGUCUCGGACCUCGUGUCUUUGGACGAAGUGCCCCAACCUCAAGUAAUAAUGUGCUUUGUGAGGAUCUCUCAACGCGGUUGGGGUUUAGUAAAAUUCGAGUCAGAGUUGAUGUAUGUGAUCAGUUUUGCUAG